AUGAGCUAUGGAGAAAUUGGAAACGAAACAUACAUAAGAGUUUUCCAACAAUAUUUUAACAAAUAUCCAAACCCACCAUCAAACGAACAUAAAAUAAAACUACAAGAAAAACUUAAAGAAUUUGAUCAAAAAAUCAAAGAAUACUUAAACGAAAAUCCAAUAACCAAAAGAACUCUUAUACAAAAAGAAAUAUACCCAAAGGAAUUAACUAACGAAGAAAUAACAACAUACUUAGUAUACUCAUUAGUGACAGCAGACAAAUCAAGAGUCAAAUCAAGCCUAGAAACCAUUUCAAGAAAAUCAUUCAACAUUAAAAAUUGGUUAAAACAUACUCAGUGCACUUAUCAAGGACAACUAUAUCUGAAUAAUGGCAGCAAUAAAUUUGAUAGAGCAAUUAAAAAAUAUAGAGAAUGGAGAAACCAAUUAGAAAAUGCAUUCAAAGCAUUAAGAUUAGGAGACCUAAUUAUAUUUGGAAAAUACUCCGGAACACCUAAAAAGGGAUAUACAUUAAGAGGAAGAGAUUAUAUCUCAACAGCAAACAAUGCAAAUGAAUGUAGAUGGAGUACGGAGAUAAUGCAAACAGUAUUUGCAAUAAUCAGAACAAAAUUAAAGAAAGAUGCAUUAGAAGUAUUUGACUCAGAGAUAGCAACUAUAAAUUGUUAUUUCAGAUCCAACUUAGACAACGCAAAUGAUUUGAAAGAUGCAGAAAACUAUCCGAUAAAAGGAAUAAGUUACUUACAAGCUCCAAACUUCUUUGGAGGAAACUACAUGUACUUAGUAGAAAGAAUACCUAAAAAUAUAGCUCAACAAAUUACAUUAACAACCCCAAUACCAAAUAAUGAAGAAGAUUUCUUCAGAAGAGCUGAUUCUCUAUUCAGAGCAACAAGAGUAACAAUGGACAUAGUAGAAAAAUCUAAAAAUGAAAAAACAAAUCAUUAUUCUCAAAGAACUCAAAGAAUAAAUAAUGUACAAACAGAACAACCUCAAAAAGGAAAAUGCUACUCAUGUGAACAAAUAGGACACUUUGUAAAAGAAUGCCCAAAACGAAAAGGAAAAGAAGCAUAUAACAGA